CACUUUGUUAAAAGUUUGGAUCUUUCUUCUAAAUUAACCCACAGUGAAAGAAAAAGAAGAAGAUAUGAAUUCUUCUACCACGUUUACUCUUCUCUCCCUUCUUCUUGUGGCAAUACUAAACCCAAAUCCGUCGUUAGCCGCCUCCAGACGCAACCACACAGACGAGUGUAGCGUAACGCGGCACAGCAGAUACGUGAAAAACGCGUGCAGCGUAACGCGGUACAAAAACCUCUGCGUGAGAACGCUAUGGCCGUUUGCAGUCGUGGCAAAAAACAACUCGAGCAAGUGGGCCCGAGCCGGCGUCGCGGUGACCAUAACGGACACAAAACAGAUGCUAAGACUGUUGGGGAAAACGCGGCGUUCAGAGGUUGGGAAACGCGAGAGAAUCGCGUUAUCGGAUUGCCGAGAGCUGUUCGUGGACUCCCUCGACAAUCUGUACAAGUCACUCGCCGUUCUCCGGAAACUGGACGCCGAUGAGUUCCAGCGGCAAAUGAGCGAUCUCGCCACGUGGCUAAGCGCUGCACUCACGGAUGAGGACACGUGUCUCGAUGGAUUUGAGUAUCAGGAGGAGGAGGAGUCAUCGACGGUCAGGAUGAUUCGGAGGAGGGCUACCAAGUGUAUGCAAUUAUGCAGCAAUGCUCUCGCUCUCCUUAACAAGCUUGCUUAUGAUGGCUUGUGAUCUACGCUUUCACCUGCUCUAAUUAUUACACCAUAUAUGAUGAUUUUUAUACAUUUUUACUUAUAUAGAUCCCAAUAAUAUAAUUGUGGCCGGUCCGCUUUUAAUAACUCAUCCCGAUCGGGGAUUAUCACGAAUUUAUAAUAAUGAUUGUAUAAUAGUUAUACAGUUUUUAAACAGUCAGGUCGAAAUCGUGAUUAA